CGCGAGGAAGACAAAAAUUCCGACGAAGAAGAAGUAGGCGGAGGAAUCAGGAAGAAGUGACACUUCCAGUUCAACAGUAAUCCAAGUAAAGGUUUUCAGGGCUGAUAGACUGGUGAGAAACAUCUGUAUAUAGAGAGGACUCGAAAGAAUCCUCCUGCCCAGACAACAUGACGACUACCAUCAGCACUCAGCGGGGACAGGUGUAUAUUGGUGAGCUUCCCCAGGACUUCCUGCGAAUCACUCCAACCCAGCAACAGCAACAGGUCCAGAUCGAUGCCCAGGCAGCCAGGCAGUUGCAGUAUGGAGGCUCAAUGGGCACCGUAGGGCGUCUCAGCAUCACUGUGGUCCAGGCCAAGCUGGCUAAAAACUAUGGUAUGACCCGGAUGGAUCCAUACUGCAGGCUCCGACUGGGCUACGCAGUCUAUGAAACACCAACUGCUCACAAUGGAGCAAAGAACCCACGCUGGAACAAGGUGAUCCAGUGCACUGUGCCUCCAGGAGUGGAUUCCUUCUACCUGGAGAUCUUUGAUGAGAGAGCGUUCUCCAUGGACGACAGGAUAGCAUGGACUCACGUCACUAUCCCUGAGGGCCUGAGAGACGGCAGCGUCGUAGACGAGUGGUUCAGCCUGAGCGGCAGACAGGGAGACGACAAGGAGGGCAUGAUCAACCUGGUGAUGUCUUUUGCUUCCUUACCAGCAGGAAUGAUGACUCAGCCUGUGGUCCUGAUGCCGUCUGUGUACCAGCAAGGAGUGGGAUAUGUGCCCAUAGCAGGAGUGCCUGCAGUCUACAACCAGGGUAUGGUUCCUAUGGGAAUGCCAGCAGCCAUGCCAGCUGUCCAGGGGCCAGUGUGCAGUGAGGAAGACCUAAAGGCCCUGCAGGAUAUGUUUCCAAACCUGGAUAAGGAGGUGGUCCAGACAGUGCUGGAUGCACAGCAGGGCAACAAGGAUGCUGCCAUCAACUCCCUACUGCAGAUGGCAGAAGAGCUCUAGAUGCAGAACACAAGCUCAUAGCAGACAUGCCAACACACCUACUGACUCGCACACACACGUAUGGAGUGUGGUUGUCUCAGCCAACAUUCCGCUGGUUCCCACAAAUGACCCUGGACCCUGAAAGCAUCAUGACAAGAGGCCUCUCUCCAAGGCCCUCUCCACACCUGGCAUCAACAUGCAUCAUGUCAGCCCAGUCUAGUCUAGUCUAGUCUACUUAGUACAGCAGCCUACUAUACUUGUCAUUAGAAUCAGUCUCCACCUGUGAAUAUAAAUCAUCAUUUUCAUUAUUAAAUACAUCAAUUCUUUGAAAGAAGAGGUGAUGCAGACAGAGUGAAUACGGGAUUACAUUUGACAUGUGUAACACAGAGUGAUGGGUCUGUAUUACACUAUGAAAUGUCUGUAUCCUCACUGCUCUGCUGUAUGUAAUCCUGUCAUGGGUAAAAUCCUAAGUUUCACAGAGCACAUUUUGUGUUAUUUAAAAGUAACAUCUGGUAAUGCAUAAACAAUGUGAUGCUUGGAACAACAUGAGCAACAUUAUUAGUUUAACGGCGGGUUCUGACCCAAAGCAACGCCAAAUUUACGCAUGACAUACAAUUAGAUAUCUCAGAAUGAUGCAUCCUUCAAAAGUUUAUUUUGGACUCAGUCUUGAAGUCCUUUGAAAGUUAUAAGUUGGGAUUUUUCCCUUUAUUCAAGGCGCUGAAAAUGGUCAAACCAGACUCCAAUCUAAAAGAAAACAACACAGCCCUUAAAAAACAUGGACAUCUACUCUUUACAGGACUGUAGUUAUUUCCCCAUUCUGAUGUCCUUUGUCAUUUAAUCAGGGUAAAACUGUUCAUUUGGGUUCAUAGCACUGCAGUGAGCCAGAUUUCAGCCAUUGUGACUCCCUAAAAACAGUGAAACUGCUAAACAGCAGGCACACUGCCCAAACAGAGCACUAGUAGUGUGUGUCCAUCAGAUAAAUCCAUGUACUGAUCUUAGAUAUGAGGUCAUCACAGUUCAUGGAGAAGGCGAGGGAAUUAAUCGAGUCGUUGGCAAAUCAGUCUGCAAAUAAAUAUCAAUGAUCCCAAAUUUGCUUUGCUUUUGGUCUCAACCAGCCAGAUACAGCUAGAAGAGUAUAACCAGGAAUAAUGUUGUUAUUCAGUGACAGUGAAUCACAGUCAUGUAGGUUCAUGUACACAUGCCACAUUCUUUUAGUCUUAUCAGCCUAAGUGUGUCCAUUAGUGCUCCAUCUCAGAACUGUACCCUUGUGAUCAGGUGUAAACAGAGCCUGAGCUGAUGUUGUUAGAAGGUAUAUUCUGAAUAUUUUUUAUGUUUGGACAGAAUCAUUAAUAUCCUGUCAAUCUUACCAGAGCAAAUCAUCUGUUUCUGUAUUCUCUGUAUCCAUAGCACCACAGUUACUCUCCCCCCACAUGAAACCAGGGUUUGAUUGUUUGAGUCAUGAUCAACUCAUGUUCUAUUUAUUUUGAUAUAGUUUUUAAUAGUAUGUGGAGUUUGUCUAUAUUAAUCUGCACUUAGCUGCCAGCUAGCUACAACAUGUUCUGUUGUCUUAAAUCUGUCAAAAUGUAAAGAAUGCACUGAAUUAUUUGGAACUUGUAGGAUGAGAAGAAAACUUAAAAUGAGCAUCACUUGAGGGAUUGAAGUUUUGGAAGAAGUACCCCAACACAAAACCACAGGAUUCACCCUUCACAAUGAUAAUAAAAUGUCUUUGCAAAGUUUGA